GUUGCCGUAGUAGGCGGGGUUUACAACUGUCAGUCCCGCUGGAGUGCAGCCGUGCAGUUCACAGCGCGAGUGGACAAGUGGAGACAAUCGGAUGAAACACGGAUUCGAUAGGAAGUAACUGUCUAUAAAACUAAAGGAUACAAUUGAAACGUUUCACAUGGGGAGUUAUAUAACAAAAUGACGUGUAUGCGUUACACUAUGUUACUGUUCUCAGUUUUGGAGUUAUUGUUGUUUGGAUACACCGCUGGUUUGUCGCGUACUGUACGUCGCCUGAGCGAUGAGAACGCGUCUUCAGGCGCGAGACUACCGCGUGCUGUGUUGGAUGAUACAUUGGAGGCGACCGCCAUCCCAAACCACUUACAAGAGGACGACAGGGACUCCAGGUUUUCACCUUUUACCUCCACAAUGACCAUCACAACCAGGGAUUUCAAAACCACUGGCAAAACUAACCAACUACAGCCCUUCUGGUUGACCACGGCAUCGUUUCUUACCAAAACAAUGAACCCAACCCUCAAAGACAGUCAAGUCAAAGAAAACUCGACAACACUAAACAAUACAGUAAAACCCACUUCUUCCUCUCCACUUACUGGCAGAGAAAACACAACCCCACCGGAACUGGAUACUGCAAAGAGUUCAUCAUGGACAGUGAAAAGCACCUCAAAGCCUCUUGUCGUGACCACUGAGAAAGGACCUCAGUGCAACUGUAGUGCUGAGGGCUCAGAGGACCCAAAUACCUGUGACUCUGUCACAGGUCAGUGUGUGUGUAUACCUGGAUACACAGGUCAACUUUGUGAUGAAUGUGAGAAUGGGUAUUUCACCAACGGUACUAGCGGCUGCCAGGCCUGUGACUGUGACUCCUAUGGAGCCGUAAGCCGACUCUGCAAUAGUUCAGGCUUGUGCAUCUGCAAGAUGGGAGUGCAUGGGGACAAGUGUGACGACUGCCGCCCAGGCUUCUCGAACUUCAGCAGCACGGGGUGCCAACCUUGUCAAUGCAAUAAUCAUAGCAGCUACUGCCACCCACAGUCAGGCAUCUGUGUGAACUGCCAAGGCAACACCGAAGGACCCAGUUGCGAGAACUGCAGGUAUAAUUUCUACAGAAGGCCCAGGUUUCUCGUCACGGACCCCUGCAUCCCCUGCCCCUGCUCCAGCGUCACCUCCACAGGCAGCUGUAAGCUUGACUCAAACGGCCAGCCAUACUGUAUCCAGUGCAAGCCGGAGUACCAGGGUCCCAACUGUGAGCAGUGUAGUGAUGGCUUCUACAAUGCAGACAGCAUCUGCCUUCCCUGUAACUGCAGCGGGAACGAAGACCCCCGCUUGUCCCUUCGGAUCUGUCACCCGGACACGGGCCACUGCCUGAGCUGCAUCAACAACACAACGGGCCCGCACUGCGAGCGCUGUGCAGAAGGCUUCACGGAAGACGCGCUCACCAGGAACUGCACUCGUACAGUCAUCCACACUACUCCUUCAACCACUACACACUGGUUUCACUACACCACCAUGACCUCCAGCCCCAAUGCUACUGCACAAUUCACCACCUCCUCCAGCAGCCUGCUGAGCAGCCUGGGUAGCUCCACCCCCAACACCACCACCACCACCACCACCACCACCACCACAGUGACUCCACUCCCAUGGAACCAGUUCAACAUCAUCAUCCUGGCCGUCAUUAUCAUAGUUGUUCUAGCUCUCCUGGCGGUGGUGGGUGGCGUGUACACUUACAGGGAAUACCAGAACCGCAAGCUGAACGCCCCAUUCUGGACCAUCGAGCUGAAGGAGGACAACAUUAGCUUCACCAGCUAUCACGACAGCAUUCCGAAUGCAGAUGUAUCAGGGCUUUUAGAGGAUGAAGUUAGUGACGUGGGCAACGGACAGCUUGCUUUAACUGGUCCUGGUAGUUUGUAUAAGGUGUAACAGAUCUUACUGUUUUUACGCAGAAACUGGACUGCUAAACCAGCGCUGGAUUGACACUGGCCAGGUUGUGGACCUAUGGAUAUGUGGACCCCCAAAUUAUACAGUAUAUAUAAUUAAUUUUAUGAAAUGAUAUUUUUUUUUCUCAUCUGACAGUGCAAACACUCACAUAAGCACUCCAAAGCUAGAAGAGCCAUUAGUGAAUAAAGAACAUACAUGAGCAGCAGUACAUCUGACUGAAAAGUCAAGUUAAACAUCCUACCUUGUUGAGGACCUUGGCCCAACUCAGAGGUGAAAUAUGUUGUCUGGCUUUGAAGAAAGUGGAGAGAUGCAGAGACUAAUUCGCUAACAGAAUACUUGACACUGAAGCACGUCUGGUUCGAUCAAUCAAAUGACAUAGUCAAUCAUAAUCAAUCAUUUACAUAGUCCGUUCCCUCGUUUCCUUUGUACAUGCUGUGGAUAUUUUAAAUACACAGAGAAGACAUUAGUUUUCAACAAACUCAGGAUGGAUAUAAUUUGUGUUGUGUGUAAACCACACCAUUUAAGUGUUGCUUAAAGGAUACCAUACAUGUGCAUGACGUUAGGGGGCGCCAUUACACUGGACCUGACAUGCAGGCCUGGCUUGUGUAUGAUCCAAUGGAAAUACAGAAUACUGAAUGGCAGAUGCUGAAUGACUUUUGUAUUCAUGUGCAAUUAUGCAGAUGCUUUCUUGCCGAAGCGAAAUACGAGAAAGGAUUAGUUGUUUUUAUCAGGCCAAAGAGGAUCUGUGUGUGCCAGUCUCAGGCAGAGAGAGUCUGGCUAAUUCUCAUCACAGUUUAACAACGACAAAGAGGAUUUAAAGGACUGUUUCACAAUGUGGAUUUUUACUUGUUUUAUUUAUUUUCAGCAAUUUCUCUGCAAUACACUUUUCCCUUGUGACUUAUCAUCAGCCACCUGUUGAAAGGUGCCACUUGACACAUCAAUAUGUCUGGUUGGGAGAGUUUAACAGUUUUAUUUAAUUUAUUUGGACGAACCUCUCUCUCUGAUUGAUGGCUUAGGGUCAGUUUGUGUGUCACAGAGGAGGAGAACAAAUAUGAUCAGAUGAGCAAUAAUGGCUGUUGUGUCUUACUGGACAGUAAGCAAUCGCUGCCAUUUUAGUAGCUUAGGCUUAAACAAGUUGAUCCAAUGGUUCAGUGAAUGAGUAAGUGCACGUGUUUGCGUGUGUUGGUGUAUGUGUAAGGGCUGAGUGUGAAGUUAGUGUCAGUCAGCAAAGACAUAUGAAAAGGUGUGUAUGCACAAGGACGUUCUCUGUAGGAGAUGGCCCGAACUUGAAGAAAAGAGCAAUAGUUCAUCUGUCUGCAUCUCAAAUGACUCUUGGGAUAUCGUCUUUUACCCCUGGACCCCCACUUCCACAGUCCUGAAGCUGUCUUUUCUCGAGAUGCAUUGGUUCAAGACUAUGUAAAUAUUAGAUGUACGGAAUGGUUGUCUUGAGGAGGCUGCUAUCGUAGUGGUACUGUGGCAACAACUUUUGUUUCUGUGUCUAGCAUACUUGUGCGCGCACAUAGGGACUAACGUCUUAACGGUGUCUUAAUCUUACAUUGUAUGCAUUGUGCAGUAUGCAUGGUGCACCACAUUCACAACUAGCUCUGUGAAAGAUUUCAAUAAAAGUAAGUUUUACUAUAA